GGCGAGCGUGGGAGGCGCCGAGGGAGCGGGCAGCCCGCCGAGCCGCGCUCCCGUCCCGCUCGGCAGGCACGGCCGGCGGCGGCAGGCGGGCGGCGGCGAUGCCGCGGGCAGGCGGCCCCCCGGGGGGCCCGGGCGCGGCGCUGCUGGCCCUGGCGCUGGCGCUGGCGGGGUCCCCGGGCGGCGGGCAGCACUACGACUACUACGGCUGGCAGCCCGAGAGCCUGCCCCACGGGCGCUUCUACGGGCGGGAGCCGCAGUGCCUCGACAUCCCGCCCGACAUGCAGCUCUGUCGCGACGUGGGCUACAAGCGCAUGCGGCUGCCCAACCUGCUGGAGCACGAGACCGUGGCCGAGGCCAAGCAGCAGGCCGGCAGCUGGGUGCCCCUGCUCGCCAAGCAGUGCCACACCGACACCCAGCUCUUCCUCUGCUCCCUCUUCGCCCCCGUCUGCCUCGACCGGCCCGUCUACCCCUGCCGCUCCCUCUGCGAGGUGGUGCGUGACUCCUGUGCCCCCGUCAUGGAGUCCUACGGCUUCCCCUGGCCCGAGAUGCUGCACUGCGGCAAGUUCCCCUCCGACCACGAGCUCUGCAUCGCCGUCCAGUUCGGGAACAGCAAGGCUACCCCGCCGCCAGUGUCCAAGAUCUGCACCCAGUGCGAGAUGGAGCACAAGGCGGAUGGCAUGAUGGAGCAGAUGUGCUCCAGUGACUUUGUGGUGAAGAUGCGCAUCAAGGAGAUGACGGAGGAGAACGGGGAGCGGCGGCUAGUGGCCGCCCAGAAGAAGAAGGUGCUGAAGCUGGGCCCACUUAAGCGCAAGGACACCAAGAAGAUGGUGCUGCACAUGAGGAACGCAGGUGCCUGCCCCUGCCCCCAGCUUGACAGCCUCAGUGGCAGCUUCCUGGUGAUGGGCCGCAAGGUGGGCGGCCGCCUGCUCCUCCUCGCCAUCUACCCCUGGCAGAAGCACAACAAGGAGAUGAAGUUCGCCGUCAAGUUCAUGUUCUCCUACCCCUGCCCCCUCUACCACCCCCUGCUCUACGGGGCCGGGCAGCACUAGGGCUCUGCCCACCCUGCCCUGUCACAGGACUCCUGCACUGGCCUGACGCUGCACCCCUGGCAUCCCUGGUUGCACCCCAGGACCCUGGCUCUGCUCCCCUCAGCCCCUUGGCUGUGCCCCAGGACCCUGCUCUGCACCCCCAGGAUUCCCAGCUGCAUUUGUGGGAACCUUGAUCCACAGCCAGCACCCCUGCCCCCUGCUGAGAGCCCUGCUCUGCACCCCUGGGACCCCUGUUCUGCUCCCAGGACCCCUGCCCACACCCAGGAGCUUAGGCUGAACCCAGGACCCUUGCUCUGCAUGCUUGUGAGCCCUGGUCUGCACCAGCGAUCCUUGGCUACUCCCAAGCCCUCUGCCUGGCACUCCAGGGACCCUUGCCUGCACUUAGGAUCCCUGCUUGGCCCUCUUGGGACCCCUUGGCUGCACACAAGACCCCUACCCUGCACCCCUGUGUCCCCUGCCCAGCUCCCUGGUGACGUGCCCCAGACCCUCAGCCCCGCCAAAUCCCUACUCCACCCCACCAAAGCAUCCCAUGCCCUCACCUUGAGCUCACACCCCAGCCCUGGAUUAUCCCACCUUCGCAGGGACCCACGUUAGCUGAGGCAGGGCCCUCCUGUCCUGCUGUCCCCGCAGACUGGCCUCCUCAAGACCAAGUGCCCGGAGCAGCACAGCCCGAGCCUGGGCUGCCCCACUCUUCCCAUCCCACAUGGCUCAGUGAGGAGGGGGAUCCACCUCUAAGCCCCCCAGAGGAGCUCUGCUGCAUCCCUCACACGCACCCCCGCCGAGACCGAGCCCAGGCACCCCUUGUCCAUCCACACCACGGUAAAUUAUUCCGCCUCAGAGAAGCCUGUGUCCGGCUCCCUGUGGUUCAUGGGCAACUGCCCCUUUGGGCUCCCUCAGGGACCCCAGGAAGGAUGGGAGGGGGCUCCUGGUCCUGCCCGCUGAGUGGGGCAGCCUGGGGGAGCAAGCAAGCUCACCCUGGGCUCUCGCUCUAGCCCUGCUCUAGGUGCCGUGCCCAGAGUCCGAGGCUGGGCAGCCCACCCAAGCCGAGGGCUGAGGUUCCCGGUGAUCACAGGCAUCGCUGGAGACUCGGGCAUCCCUGUCACUUCAGGGAGCCUGGGAGGGUGGUGAGAUGAGGAGGAUGGGGGAGGACAGGGGCAUCGCUGCUGCUGGAGCCCCACAGCUGGGCCUGAGGGAGUUUGCCAGAGAGCGUUCUCCCUCCAUCACCCCUGGGGGACAGAUCCACAGGCUGGGAGUUGGAGGCACAUGUGGAGCAUGCCACCCAGCAUAGUAGGAGGCAGAUCCUGGACCAGGCAGCCUCUGUCCCUGGGCAUCCCACCUCCACACCACCUAAAAGCCCUGUCUGCAGCUCCCAGCCAGCCCUGCUCGGCUGCCAGACCUCCCGCCCCACAACCUCCAGCCUCCUCCCAAAAGGUUCCCCGGGAUGCCCCCCAGCAGCCCCAGGACCAGGGCAGCCCUCAGCCUGGCCCCUCUGAUGGCAGCAGGGUGCUGCCCCUCGGCUCAGCUUCCCCAGCCCCGGAGCAGGGGCUGCCUCUGCCCCAGCAGCCCCCCAGUCCCAGCAGGUGAGGGGGACAGCCUGCCCACCCCAGGCCUGUUUACCCAGCACAUUCUUGCAUCCAUCUGUCCCGCCGGGUGAGGGAGGCACGAAGGUGGCCGCCAGGAUAUUUACCCAGCGCCUGGCUGCCUGACCCUGCGGCUUCUCACCGGAGCUGGCCCUGCCACAGGGGAGCCUCCCGGGACAAGAGGGCAAGUGAGGCUGCGGGAUGCCUGCGCCCACCCUCCUCCCAGCUGACAAGGCCACUGGGCACCUGCCCCACACUGGGGUGAUCCCCACUCCCUCUGCCCCCCUUGGGCAUGGCCUCAGCCCCACUGCCCAACCCCCAGAGCCCCAAAGGGCAUUCAAGCUGGGGGCACAUGCCUUUGCCCCACAGUCAGCCAGGGACAUGGGGCAGCCAGCUCCUGCCACAGCCUCACACCAGGGGCAGGCGGUUACCUCCCCCCCCUCCCUCCACCCUGGCCAACGUGGAAAAAAACUGGGCAAAAAAAUCAAAUAUUGUUCAAAGGUAUGUUCAGACCAAAGCUGCUGAGCACGCUGCCAUAGGAAUAAAUGUCGUCAAUUAUGUCAUUUUACUGCAAAACUUAAAAGUGCGCAAAUAAAACCCCAUCUCCCACA